AUGGAAAACAGCCAUGAAAAAGACGGCUUCCUCUACAUCGCUAUUAAUGAAGUUGAACCCGAUUUUACUUUCUUUUACGACAAAACGAGAGAUUUGCUGGGGAAAAGAAUUAAAUGUUUGUUUACGUUCCAUGAUCGGACAAAAAUAAAAAAGGUGAGGAGGAACGGAAUAGAGUAUUUUGAGGGAAAAGAUUACAAUGCAAUUGCCACAAUCGUGACACAUUUGAACGGAAAAUUGCAUAUUGAAACAUUGGAUAAUGCGCUUAUAAACCCUUGGUUUGAAGCAAUAAAUUGGCCUGAUAAGACAAAUCGCAAAAUAAAAAUUUUAACGAAGAGGGAUAUCUCGAUUUUAAUCAAAUCGGAGCAAUUUACUGUUGACGAUCAAAUUGUGGAAAAUUUAUAUCCUCAUACUCAGAAUGACUUGAAUAUUUUAGUUCCGAAAGCUCCGGAAAUACCUGUGGGAGAGUUAAUGCUAGCAAUUUACAAACCCUGUACUUGGGUUUUAAAUUUGUCAAUGUCUUUAAUUAUUUUUCUCUUAAUUGCGACUAUUAGAAAACUAUACAAAAAAAGUAUUAUUAUCGAGGACAUCUUAUUUGAAGUGUGGUCUGUCCUGGUAAUAAACCAGGUAUUUCACUUUUCACGAAAUUCUUUGGAACGCUUGUUGAUUUUUGAUUGGAUACUUUGUGGUUUUCUUAUAAACAUGUUUGUACAAACCAAAAUAACAAGCUUCCUAGCUAUCAGAAACAAUUACCCUGAUAUAAACACAAUCGAGCAACUGUUUGAAUCAGGACUGCCACUUUACUCGCUCCCCAAUUACGCCGAAGAAGUUCAAAAGAAAUACACAGGCACCCAGUACGAAAAAUUUACACAAAGAUUGCUACCCUUGGCUAGCGAUGAAGGUUCGAUGGAUCAAAUGACUUACAGAACUAAUGUUUCACAAAUUCCUGCGUUUUUAAUCGAACACGAUAUAGCACUUUUUGUCUCUAGAUGCAAAAAUCUCAGAAUAAAUGGGGCACAAAUGUAUCAUUUGGUCAAAGAAAGUAUCAUUCCGAAUUACCAAGCGUACAAAGUCGUUCAUAAUUCUCCUCUCUUGCCUAUUUUAAAUAAAAAAUUGAGAAGACUAGGGGAAGGCGGCUUCAUUGGAUUGUGGGCUAAAAGAUCUAUUCAUAACGCAACGCUUGAAGGUUUUUUAUCUCCAGAAGCUUUUCCGGAUACCGAUGCAGUUAAGCCUUUGACUUUAAAUAUGACUUUAUUUUUCUUUUAUGGUCUACUUUUGGGGCUUUUAUUUGCAACAUUUGCAUUUCUGGUUGAAAUUUUUGUUUAUGAGAUAACUAAACCCAAGAAAAUUACAUUUUUACGUUAA